AUGGGUCAAGGACCGUCACAGCCGAAAAUCACCGCCCAGGACCGGGCCAUUUUGCAGCUCAAACGGCAGAGAGACAAUCUCAAACAGUACCAGCGGCGUCUUGCCGUGAUUGUGGAAAAACAGCACAUUCUUGCCAAACAGGCCCUUGCGGAUGGAAAGACUGAUAAGGCCAAGUUCUACCUACGCCUGCGGAAACAGCAGGAGCUGACGAUCAACAAGACGUACGAGCAGCUUGGCAACUUGGAGAACCUCAUAGGCACCAUUGAGUUCAAGUUGAUCGAGAAAGAUGUGGUGUAUGGUUUGACUCAGGGUAACGAGGUGCUCAAGAAGCUCAACAGUGAAAUGAGCGUGGACAAGAUCGAUAAGGUGCUUGACGAUUUGGAGGACGAGCGUGUCAAGGUGGACGAGGUUUCCGAUAUGUUGGGCAUGGGUCUGUUGAGCUAUUCUGAGGAGAACGAGGUGGACGAGGAAUUGGCUGCUUUGGAGCGGGAGGUUGCUCCACAGAAGGAGGAACCCAAGAAGGAGGAUGUCAAGCUUCCAGAUGCGCCUACAAAUGUUCCAGAAGCAGAGGAGGAGCCGGAAGUGGAAGAAGCUCAGAAGGAGGAGAGAACCGCUAUGCCUGCUUAG